AAUAACAAAGCAUAAGAAUUUUGGACUUACAGAUGGUUGAUGAAAUGAUUUUUCCAGUGUUUGUGAUCCUGUUUGGAUUCUUACUGCUUCGACUCUACGACACUCUCGUCGCCAAGCCGCGAAAGCUGCGCAGAAUCUUGGUUCAACAAGGGAUCGAUGGCCAUCCUCCGAAGUUCAUGCUAGGCAACAUUCUUGAAUUGAAGAAAUCCCGGGAUGAGAUGGAGAAGACGUGCCCUCCCCUCAUCCACGACACGGCCGACUUUAUUUUCUCCUUUCUCGAGCAAAGUAGAAAGAAAUACGGUCCAUUGUACCUGUUUUCGCUCGGAAAUUUGCAAAUACUGUACGUGUCGAAACCUGAUUUAGUGAAGGCGAUAGCAACCUGCACGUCGCUCGACUUGGGGAAGCCGUCUCAUUUGCGGGAGGAUCUCGGUCCGUUGCUCGGGCAGGGAAUCGUGACGUCGAAUGGCUCGAUUUGGGCACGCCAGAGGAAGAUCAUAGCACCUGAAUUAUUCAUGGAUAAAGUCAAGGGAAUGAUGGACAUAAUCACUGAAUCAGCUCACGAACUGGUAGCUUCCUUGAAUCAUGAAAUCGACAAUGGAGGAGCCGUGGAAAUCACAAUCGAUGAUUAUAUGAAAAGAUUCUCCGGCGACACAAUUUCCAGAGCUUGUUUCGGCAGAAACUGCUCCAAAGUGCAACAGAUUUUCCAAAAAUUAGGGCAUCUCUCGAAGAUCAUAUCCACCAGGAUCACAUCUCUCGGCGUUCCCGGAAUUAGAUAUCUCCCGACGAAGAACAACCGGAGAAUCGCGGAGUUGGAGAGGGAAAUCGAGGCACUGAUCAUGGAAACGGUGAAGGAAAGGCAAAUGAGCGGAGGAGGAUCGGAGAAGGACUUGCUGCAGAAACUUCUAGAAAGCGCAGAGAGCAGCAGCCAUUUCGAUUUCGAUUUCAAAUCAAUUUCAAUCCGGCAGUUCAUCGUGGACAACUGCCGAAACAUCUAUCUGGCCGGAUUCGAGACCUCCGCCUCCGCCGCGACGUGGUGCGUGAUGCUGCUGGCUUCCAAUCCGGAGUGGCAGAGCAGAGUCAGAGAUGAGAUUAACGACGUCUGCGGCGGCCGCCGGAGCCCCGACAUGAACAUGCUUCGCAACAUGAAACAGUUGACUAUGGUGAUUCAAGAAAGCAUGCGUUUAUAUCCGCCAACGCCUGUUGUGUCCCGUGAGGCGCUACAAGACAUUACUAUAGGCGACAUCCGGGUGCCCAAGGGCGUCCAAGUUAUGGUUAUGGUUGCGGCACUGCACACGGACACGUCCAUUUGGGGCCUCGACGCGCUUGAGUUCAAACCCGAGAGAUUUCAAAAUGGGAUCGCCGGGGCUUGCAAGAGCCCCAGGGCGUACGUGCCGUUUGGGUUAGGGCAACGAGUGUGUGUCGGGCAACACUUAGCCAUGUUAGAGCUCAAGUUGAUCGUCGCAUCCAUUGUCACCAAUUUCUCUUUUACGCUAUCUCCCAAUUAUGUCCAUUCGCCCGUCAUGAGAUUGUCCCUUCAACCGAACUACGGAGUCAAGAUUUUGGCACGGAAGCUUACGUGAGAUGUCAUGUGAAGCGACGUAAUGAGAAAUGAGUAAAGAUCAAGACGAUGGAUGUUGAAUGUAAUUUGCGGUUACGAAGAAGUUAUAAGGUUUGUUUUUUUUCAGUAUUUUGGUUUGAGGUAUUUAUUUUUGUGUGAGGUAUAAAGAAUCAUGUCGAAAAUGUAAAAAAUAAUCCCUCCGUCCUAAU